AUGUUCGCAAGCCCGCCGACCCGGCCAAUAACUAUUUCAACCGGGCUUCUGAGGUCAAAAUCAGGAUGCAAAACUUGCAAAGUCCGAAGAGUCAAGUGCGGAGAGGAGAAGCCACGCUGUGUCCGAUGUACUAGCACGGGUCGCAAGUGCGAGUAUGAAGACGCAAGAGUUUCCCUACUCGACAACCCCCUGUCUAUAUCACCGAACACGGUAUCGCGAGAACGUCGCGCUUUUGCCUUUUAUUUCCAACAUGCUGCACCCUUCGUCGGCGGUGGACUGGAUGUUGAGUUCUGGCGCACCUCCGUCCCGCAGAUCUGCCGCAGUGAGCCCGCUGUAUGGGAUGCCAUCAUCGCCAUCGGCGCGCUAUUCGAGAGUCCCGAGCCAUACCCGGAUUCCGUCUCUGUCCGCCGGGCAGGUGCGCGCAAUGCCAACCAGAAUCAGCGAGACGCGUUGGGCUGGUACUCGCGCUCGGUAUCCACCAUCCGCCAGCGGAUUGAAACGGGUCACUUGGAUAUCUUUGUUGGAUUGGUCACUUGUAUCCUGUUCAUCUGCAUCGAGGCGAUUCAGGGAGGUGUGGAAGAGUCGUUGUAUCUAUAUGGCCAGGGCGUGCGCCUCAUUCUGGCCAUGCGCGCCCAGAUUACUAGCGGCACCGUCUCGGCGACCAAGGCUUCUCUGUUAGAGGAUACGAUUGUUCCGAUUUUCGUCCGUCUUGGGCUGCUCGCUCUUCCCAUCUCGGGUGUUCCGGUGAGCCCUCUGCUACAGGGUACUGAACAUCUGACAAUGCAAGGAUUCGUCUCUCUCAAGUCUGCUCGGGAUGCGAUCGUGUUUCUAUCUGCGGAGGCACAGCUUUUCCAAGACAGAUGCAUUGAAUAUUUUCGGACUUCUCAUGCAUCCCAUAUGCCCCAAGAAUGGAUACAUGAGCAAACGGCCCUAUUGACAAGGCUCAGGCGCUGGCACACCGCGUUUACUAGCUUGAUGGAUUCAUUACGCGCGAAAGAUACCCUCUCUCCACAGCAGAUCGCGACCAGUGCCCUUCUCUUGAAUUAUCAUGAAGGGAUAUAUAUAACCAUAUCAACUAGCGCAUCGCCAUCACCGACCAGCACCGAUGCUUAUGAACCAAACUUCCAAAAUAUAGUCGACCAGUCUCGUAUCGCUCUGAGUGCUUCGAUGCAGUCAGACGGCACACAACCACCAUUUACAUUUGAAAUUAGCGUCGGUCUUCCACUCUGGUUCACCUGCCUCCGGUGUCGCGAACCGAGAAUCCGACGCACCGCAUUAUCCCUAUUCCGCCGAGUGCCUCGUUUUCAAGGCUUCCAGAACUGCCACACCGCUGCAAUCUUCGGUGAACGGAUUAUGAUGCUGGAAGAAACAUAUGCGAUGGCGAUGAACGAAGCUCGAGGGAUUAUCGAUCCCACGACAUGGGAGCCAACGAGGACUCCCUCUGACUAUCAAUCCCAGAGCCCGGAGAAUAGCAGCGACCUUCUCGAAUCAGAAAUUAGCAGACAAUUCUCCAUUCCAGACUCUGCAUAUGCCCCAAGCCUGUCCCCCGUGCUUCCUGACUCGGGAACCAGAAUACCCACCGCCGUGCUCAUUCCAGAAGAGGCACGCAUCGGACCCAUACAUCUUUUCCGGCCUCAGGAUGGUCUUCCUCCUGGAACGACUGAGAAAGACAUUGCGAAGUGGAACCGAAGGCUUGACCAGACGUUUUUGCGCUUUUCACGGAAGGAGCGUGAUUUGGGCAGUCAUACUUGGCGGACAGUCCACGAAUAUAUCCCUAUUGAUCUGUGA